UGGCUGUGGUUGGUGUUGUGAUGAAAAUAGCGCAUUAUUUAAAAUUUAUUGAUAAAGAGGAAACAUGGCGGAGCUGCCGUCUGUGGAAAUUAAUCGCACGUGCCUUUCCUUACUUUUCCGCGACAAUGCGGCGAGCCUUGGGGAUCAGGAAGGGUUCCUUAUUGGAGAGAUCGUUGAGCGAGUUAAAAAGAUCAGCGAUGCCGAGGAGAAUGCUGGAAAAACAACUGUGAUAAGAAUUACGUCAACCUUUUCUCUCCCAAAACACUGCAAAUUCUACAAUGGAAUCGGGAAAAUCGACGUCGACGCUUUACAAGGCUUGUUGGGACCCUAUAAUAAUAAAAUUGUUGGCUACUUUGACUUCAAGAGAAACAUGCCACCUGAAGUGGAGGAUGAAGUUACAUUCAUCCAAAUGAAUGUCCUCAAACAGUUGACCCUGCUAGCUGAUCAUACACCUUUCAUUUUCAUGCGUUUACGGCAUAGACAUGAAAGUAAUGGCACGAUCCUAAAUGCCUAUACAUACUAUACUAUGGAUCAGCAAGGGUCAUUUAUGCUUCUGUCCAGUAGCAUUCCAAACCUUGGAGACACGUCCCAUGAUCGUUAUGUUCAAAAUACUGCUGUGCCCCUAGUCGACAAAUGGAUAUCAAAGAUGGGGAGACCCAAAACAGAUCCAGAGUCGUUGCCUGUCGUGAAGGCACACAACGCGUUGAUGGAGCAGCUCAAGCUGGCUGCAGAGGAGGCUUUUACUUUGGAAAUGGAUUAUCAAGAGGUGGCCAAGUUGCUCAGCAUAAAGGAAGAAAAUUUGCGGGAAAUCAAAAUGACUCCAAUUGCUAAGAAUAACGCGGCUAAUGAAGCUGUGCCAUCCACAAGCAAAACCAGCACUGCAAGAUCCAGCUCGCAACCUCACCACUCAGAGUCACCUAUGACUGGUGCAAGUCGGAGGAGAUCAGUAAUCGUGAGAAAAAGAUGAGCCAUGCGUUAUGUCAUCUAUAUGUUAAGGUCAGUUUUAUCAUCAAAGUUCCAACACCAAUAUAUGUUAAAGAUGUGGUUUAACCAUGAAUUCCUAUUGAAAGUUCUCAGAAAUAAAUGUAAGUUUAUAUUAUCCUAUCUCAGUAGAACUCUGAUGUUGAUAUGUAAAGAGGUAGAAAAUCGAACAAAGCUUGACGAGUUGCAUUCAACAAUAUUAAAUGUUAUGGAAAUAUCAGAAUAAAUUACUUUGCUAUGAA